AUGAAAAGCGAACAGGGUCAGAUUUCAAAAGAGAGACCAAGGGCAGACACUCGGGGACUGUUGAACCAUGCCUGUUCUCGGUUUGAAGAUCUUACGGGAGAAAGGCUGCGCUCUCGAUCCCUCAAUGACCUCGAGAAAAUUAUAUUGGAUCAUCAGCAAGAAGGAAAGACUAUAUUAUCUAGCACAGCAAGAAAUAACUGUCUCCAGAUUGUGGAAAUCGUCAAGGGCCUGGCUGGGCCUAUAGGGGAGGCUACCGCAUUGGUGUUUUCACCUGCAAGUGCUUGUUUCAGCGCGCUGUCAUUUCUCUUGGAGAUACCGUCAAAAAUACAUGCAAUUCACGAGUCAAUCAAUGCUGUUUUUGACGAAGUCGAACCCCAAUUUAUCCAGUUGAAAGUAUAUGACCGUAUGGAAAACCCCGACCAGGACCUACUUAUAUACGCUUGCAAUGUUAUGAUGGCAUUUGUGGAUCUCUGCGCGCAGUGUGUGAAGCAAAACAAAAAGGGAAGGCUGUCGAAGCUCUAUAAAGAAGGCAAAUGGGUCUUACUGAAUGAAAAUCCAAUCAAGGCUGGACUUGAUCAGCUUCAAAAACUUUCUGAGCGGAAAGAAGGUCUUCAAUCAACUAUCAUAUUAGAGAAGAUCCUACACUCCGAGCAUAUUCUGGACGGCAUUGAUACUAAAGUCGAUGGUAUUCGGGACUAUGUUGGCAGGCGAUCAGACGAACAGACGCGACAGGAUGAACUAAUCAUAAUCAGGAACCGGUUUGGCAUGUCGGACGAUAGGGUACUCAUGUCUCAUCGCGUCUUCGCGGAGAACGCUCAACUAGCGACUGUCAGAAGUUCUUGGUUCCUUGAGUGGGAGGCUUACAGAAAGUGGACAUGUCGAGAAAAUCAAGAUGUACGCCCGUUACUACUGGUUACAGGGGCACAGGGGACAGGCAAAAGUGUUUCGGCAGCUUCGAUGUUCCUUGAUCUCAAGAGCAGCCUUAAAGAUGAUGAGCAGGCAUUGAUUGCUUACUAUACAUUUCCCCCUGUGCCGAAGAAUUGCAAAGACAAUCAACAGCCGUUGGAAAGCGGCGUGAAGUCAAUCGGACUGCAAUUAGCAGAACAGAGUCCUGUCUACAGAAGACGUCUUCUGAGGGCAUUAAGGGAGAGUACGACCAAGGAUACCGACUACAAGCGGCUAUGGAAGACAUUGAACGUUUGGAAGCCUGCCGAUAAAACUACUUCCUACCUAUUCCUGGACGGGUUAGAUAACCUGUCAGACUCGGAAUUCAAUAAUCUCAUGGACGAACUGACCGCUUCCUCCGACCAGGCAUCCCCUGAAGCCAGUUACUUUCGCAUAUUUGUCACGGGAAGACGGAAUCUGUUGCAGAAGUACUCUCGGUCAAAGCUCUGCUUAGAUACUGUGGAGAUUGAGAGGUUCAAUCGUCAAGAAAUAGAAGGAUAUAUUGAAUGGUUCUUGAAGACCAAAGACCUAUUACAGGAGAACUAUCUGGAUUUCGGUGAGCUUAGAAAAUCAAUCCUUGCCGGGUUGCUCAGAAAGUCCUAUGGUAGCUUCCAGAGAACCCAAAAACGGCUGGACAAGGUUGAAUCUCUGGUUCGGUCAGAUAGUAGAGACGAGCUUUCUCACUUUCUCGAGACACUGGACCGAGGAGAAUCAGGCCCAAGUGAGUCUGAGCUGAGAGACCUCGAGAGGAUACUGGACGCAAAAGAAAUAGAAGAGCUGAAUGAAUUGAUCAUUUGGGCGGAAUUCGGCUCUAGGUAUUUUGGCGUGGAGCAGCUUGAAGCCUUUCUGUUUAUUCGGUCGAGUUCGCCUCCUUUGAGAUCUCUUCGCAAGAAGAUCCAGGACCGGUUCUCUCUUAUUUUGGAAGAGCGAGAUGAUGGAGUCCGGCUGCGUGAAGACAUGAAGCAAUGGGUGAUCAUGGAACAGAGUGGACGACUGCCGCCGGCUGUGACAGCUACCAUUUCUGUCACAAAUGCUGAGAUUGAAGUUGCGCAGCGGUUCUUCUGGGACCUAGCCCACCAUUCGGUGAUGAAUAGGUUUAACUUCGAUGCGCACCAGGUCGAUAUGUCGAAGCCUUCGACACAACGGAUUCAGGUCACUCCGUUGAAUGCGCAUUUGGUUAUGGUAAAGCGAACCUUUGAAUUCCUGAGAAGGGCACCACACGCCUUAUCGCAGCCUAUUGGGGGAGUCCUGUUGGCAAGUCUGCCAGGGCAUUUAUCAGAUCUACGGCGUCUGCCUGCUUUCGAACAGAUUGCGGAUGCGGAUCGACGGACCAUAGGAGAGAACGUCCAAGAGCUCUUUUUCAACCCAAUGAACCUUGAAAGACACUGGGAUACCUUUCAGGACAUCGCAUGGCACACAAAUGAAGAUUCGAGAAAUUCAUUCUGGGAAUGGCUAAAGGAUGAUGCAGCAAUCAAACAUCUAGGGGUACGGGGUAAACUCGAAGAAGUGAAUAGAGAUCCAAAGCGGAAUCAAAAGCUGUUCGAAUCCCUGGCAAAACUGGCCGGCCGCAGGUGGCUUCAGGACAGGACUUCGAGUGCCAUGGCUGCUUUCGAAUGGUUGAGAAAUUUCCUUGAGUUGGACGCAGAGGACGAAAAUUCCAAGGAUAGUUCCGAAGAUGGCUCCGGAGAAGAUGACAGAGUCUCAAAAGUGGAAGAAUGGUGCAAGGAGGCAUUGGGGGUGCGUCACUUGCGUGGAAAUGAUAUCUGGCUGCAACGAGUAGCAGAAACAUACCAGUCUGUUGGUGAGAAUAAGAAGGCUUUCGAGAAAUAUCAGGAGACCAAUGAAAUCCUUGAAGAGAUGGGAGAUCUUGACCGAGAUCGACGGGUGGGAGUGCUGAUUUGCCUUGCCUCGUUGGCCGACGAUGAAGACGACGCUUUGAAAUACAAGGGAGAAGCUUUCAGGCUGGAUCCAAGAAAUAUCGACGCGAGAUACGAACUAUUUAAAAGCCGCCAUGCUCGAGGGGAUGAGGCGGAGGUUGCAAGUCUAGUGACCGAGGCAUUGGAACUCAAGAGUAGCACACGGCCUAUAUCUCAUCUGGGCCUGAUGGUUGAGAUGGCGAUUGAGGACGACGAGAGUGAUACAUUUGAACUCUUGAACACAAUUUCUUCCAUCUGCUCGUCAUCUCUACAGAGCCUCGAUAGAUUGCUGGAAGAUAUGGAAACUGCUAUCGAUAAUGCGAAAGAACAGAAACAGCAUGAAUUCUGGGCUACUUUGCUCUUGCACAAGGGAAUCGCGCUCUCUUGUUAUUCCGACGAUUACUCUCGGUUCGACAAGGCAGUGCAAGCAUGGAACGAAUGCUCGAAGUUGAUCUUGGAGAACAUCAAGCAACAGUCUGCAGGGGCAAUCCUGCUGGACCAGGUCGGGCGACAGUUGAGUAGCUAUUACUUUGAGCAGACCAUCAAGGACCCGGCGAACGCUGCGGAGCAUGCCGAAAAACUGAAGCAGAUUUUUGAGGAGCAGAAGGGCAUUGUUCAUGGGAUGUCUGCCGCGAAGACGUACCUGGCAGCCUACCGGGUUCUCAGUGGGGAUCAAUCAGCCGCCCGGAGCCUAUUCAAGGAAGAUAUUGUGGAAGCCUUUGCUUUGCUUUCAGACAACACGACCCGCAACGACCACCGUGGAUACACGCUGCUGUUUCAGAUUCUUCUUUACACCGGCGACCACAUCAACUCGCUGGUGGCAUUCUCCCUUCUUGCUCGACGCGUGCUCGAAGUGGAGAUCCUGAAGGAGUGGUUGUUGCCUGAUGGUGGCGAGGCUAUGAGUCCCGAAGCCAGCGAGCUGGUCGAGUUCUUCAAGGCGGAAAUUCCCGAAUGCUAUUCUCCCUGGGAGAAGGUCUGGUUUAUGAGCCACCACUUGAAAACGCUGGCCCAAGAUCAGGAUCAUGAUGGCGAAAGAAAACCGUUUUAUGAGAAGCUGGUGAACUCUAUGAGCCAAUACGACGAAGCACUCGAUGACGCCAACAACGACUAUGUUUGCGAUCGAUGCGGCGGCUUGUUAGAAAGCGAAGCGCCGAUGUACGCAUGCCAGUACUGUUAUAACAUCGGACUGUGUGAGCCGUGUCUCCAGCAGCUCAAAGACGGAACGUUCAAAACACCCCUCUGCCGGGCCAGCCACCAAUGGAUGCAGAUCCCUCCCUGGAACCCGAAAACCCACGUUCGGGCAUAUCGGCGGAAGGUCUGCAUGGAUGCAGUCAUCGGAGAGAACGGAUCUCUGACGGGGGGGGAAGAAGUGUCGGUUGUGGAGUGGUUGGAACGUCUGAAGGAGGAUUGGAAGCCCGAGGGAGUCUGGACCUUUCACUGA